GCGGUUGCUGUUGGAGAGUGACGCGCAGGGCCUAAGACCUCAACAUGCAGAUCUUUGUGAAGACCCUGACUGGCAAGACCAUCACCCUUGAGGUUGAGCCCAGUGACACCAUUGAGAAUGUGAAGGCAAAAAUCCAGGACAAAGAAGGCAUUCCCCCUGACCAGCAGAGGCUGAUCUUUGCUGGCAAGCAGCUGGAAGACGGACGCACCCUGUCUGACUACAACAUCCAGAAGGAAUCCACCCUCCACCUUGUGCUGCGUCUCAGAGGUGGCAUGCAGAUCUUCGUGAAGACCUUGACUGGCAAGACCAUCACCCUUGAGGUUGAGCCCAGUGAUACCAUUGAGAACGUGAAGGCCAAGAUCCAGGACAAAGAAGGCAUUCCUCCUGACCAGCAGAGGUUGAUCUUCGCUGGCAAGCAACUGGAAGACGGACGCACCCUGUCUGACUACAACAUCCAGAAGGAAUCCACCCUCCACCUUGUGCUGCGUCUCAGAGGUGGCAUGCAGAUCUUCGUGAAGACCUUGACUGGCAAGACCAUCACCCUUGAGGUUGAGCCCAGUGACACCAUUGAGAACGUGAAGGCCAAGAUCCAGGACAAAGAAGGCAUUCCCCCUGACCAGCAGAGGCUGAUCUUUGCUGGCAAGCAGCUGGAAGACGGACGCACCCUGUCUGACUACAACAUCCAGAAGGAAUCCACCCUCCAUCUUGUGCUGCGCCUGAGGGGUGGCUGUUAAGUUAUUCUGCAGCUUGCUUAAUGAUAGGAUUGCCAAUAGCAUGUGUUCUGUAAUAUCUUAAGUUAAAUGCAGGGUUAAAGCAAGCUGAAAUAUCUGCUGAACAACUGAAAUGCUAAUAAAGUUUUCUGUUGCACAUUACAA